AUGCAUUUCGUCACUCAUCUUCAAUCUUAUUUUAUAAUUUAUUUCUUCUUUCUUUUUACAAUAUCUGUUCAUUCAAUAAUAUUUGUUAAUUUUUGGCAUUCAUGUGUUGAUGUAUCGGUUGAAGAAAAUAUCUUUCCAGUAUCAUUAAUACAAUCCUCUGAAUAUUAUCAAGUAUGUGCGGCUAGUCGUGAACAUUGGCGUCGUUUUGGUUCAUCAUUAUUUCGUAUGCAUAUUCUACGAACAUCUGAACCAUUAGUUGAUAAAUACAUUGAUAUACAUCAUAAUGGCUAUGUUCAUUUUCAUAAUGAAACACGAACAACAGUGGUAAGACGGUAUGGAACAGAACAUGAAGACUUAUGA